UUUAAAUUAUAUUCACAUAUUUAUUGGUGGUCGGGAGCACAAAACCUCACUUUCUGUAUCUUUUCUCUCUUUCGCUUUGUUUUCAUUUACUCGUAAAUACCCACAAACAUACACUGCAUUUUGCUGUUACACAGAUAUAAAAGAUGAAGCUUUUCGGAUUUUGUAUUGUGCUGCUGGCGCUUUCAUACGCCGCGCUCGCGGGCAAGUUUUCACCUGUAGACGACGAGUUCAGUUACGGCGACGAAAUUAAAAUCGAGUGCGCAAAGCUUGGGGAAAAGGGGCAAGAGCUCGGCACCAACAAAGCACCCAAAUGGAUCAGCCCCACCUGUGUUGAAACCCGGCGGCCCCUGUCCGUCCACUACGGGCGUGAUGGCCCUACGCAAUGCUCGGUCAAGGCCGACGACGAUUUCCACGAAACUCUUCUCCGCAGCAUCUCCCUCGACCAUCCUCUGCGAUGCCGUGUCAAACGCAAUAAGCUCAAGCAUUCCCAGUACCUGGAGCUAGCCAUCAAGGUUGACGGCGUAAAAGUACGUGGUAGCGGCGGAAGAACAAAAGAUGGCCAGGUUGUGAAGCGGAUUGGGGGUAAUUUCAACGUUGUGUUUCAUGGCCAAAAGGGCAAUUUAGUGGCUGGUGCCGUGUAUCCGGUGAUUGAUCAACCGUUGCCUGAAACAGUCAGCGGAGUUACAACAAUGCAGUUUAAUCAGAGAUGGUAUGAGGGUACGGGGAUGACUGUGUUAAUGGCUACGAAGAGACAUGAGGAGGCGUUUAUUAUUCAGCCGGUGGUUGCUAUUAUGUUUUGCAUUCUUACUGCCUGCGUCGUUUAUGUUGUUGGCCGCGUGUAUGUCGAAGGAUCGCUUAUACCCAAGGUGCUGAAGGAGUAUCAGGCGGAGCAGGAUAUUGUGACAAUUAAUGCGGGCAAAGACAAAGCCAAUGCUGUGCAAGAAUCUAAAAAAACAAAGUAAUGUAUCAGGUUUUGUUUUUGAAAGUCAAAUAAUUAUAUUAUUUAUUGAAAAUAAAUCAUACGAAUUAACAAAAAAAA